AUGUGGAAGUAUUAUUCCAGAAUAUUUUUCAAGAGGAAGAACUUCAAUACUCCCUGUCUAAGCUGCAAUAUAGAUUCUCACAUGAAUUUUUGUAGGCCGUUCAUCAGGAAAAUGUCGUCGGGAGUAUUUCUAAAGCAGUUGAAGCCCCCUAGAAAUGAAGGGAUGACUAAACUCGAUAAAUCAAAAUUCCUUGUUACGAAAAAAGUAUGGGCAUUAUUGUUACCUGAAAUUAGGUAUAUCAAUGAGUUCAUCGGAAGAAAGAAACCUUCAUCGUCCUCUAUUGCACUCAGUAUUCCCCAAAAACCAUCGCUAGUGGAGUAUACAAAAGAAGAGCUAUCUGACGAGGAAUACAAAAAAAUCAGUUUGAAAAAUACAAAACUGAAAGCUCUAUUGUUAAAGGAUGACAUUAGGGUUACAGAAAAUGAUGAAAGAGGACUUAAUACUGAGCCUGAACUAUUGAAGUGUAAUGUUCCUGAAUCAACCUAUAAAAGGUUAAAAGAAAUAGGAGCCAUUUACAAAAUACAUACUCUUAAUUUUGACUUUGAUUACUGGCCAUACGAUGAUAUUUUGAAGGCUAUUUUACCGGAUUCCCUCGUGGAACAAUGUCCUAGUGCGUUCACGGUAGCUGGGCAUUUAGCACACUUGAAUUUAAAAGAGCAGUAUAUGCCCUACAGACACAUUAUUGGAGAGGUUAUUUUAGAAAAAUUUCCGAACAUCAAGACAGUUGUCAACAAAACAAACAAUAUUACAUCUGAAUUUAGGACUUUUGAAAUGGAAAUUCUAGCCGGAGAAGACAACCUUGUGGUUACACAAAAGGAGAGCGGCUGCCAAUUUACUUUUGAUUUUGGAAAGGUUUAUUGGAAUUCCAGACUUGCAACUGAGCAUGAAAGACUAAUAAAAUCAUUUGGAACAGGAGAGAUAGUUUGUGAUGUUAUGGGUGGUGUUGGACCAUUUGCAAUUCCCGCAGGCAAGAAGUCAUGUUUGGUUUUUGCGAAUGAUCUUAAUCCUGAGUCUUUCAAAUACCUCAAGAUGAACAUCAACCAAAAUAAAGUUGACCAGUUUGUGAAACCUUCUAAUUUAGAUGGUAGAGAAUUUAUAAGGAAAUCGCCUCAAUUAAUCGCAGAAUUUCAAAGGUCCACACCUUACAUCAAAUACACUGAUAAAUCACAAGGGCCAGGUAAGAGACAAAAGAAGCAAGUUUCCGAUGAGGACCAAGAUGCACAACCGUCAAAGAAAAGAAAGCAAUUACAAUUUGAUGUCCCAUUAUUCCCGUCCCAUUAUGUGAUGAAUUUACCUGACUCUGCAAUUACUUUUGUUGACUCGUAUGUGGGUUUAUAUACUAAUGGCUAUCCUAAUAUGACAAAAGAGCAGAUCAAAAAUCUUCCAGGCUAUAAGUUGCCUAUAAUCAAUGUUCAUCAUUUUGAAAAGUACAAGGAAGACGAAGUUGAGGGGGACAUUGAAAAGGAGCUUGAAAAAAGAAUACAUUCCAAAAUCGUCAAUCAACUAAACUACGAUAUUCCAGUAUCCGAUAUUAAAUAUCAUGUAGUAAGGCAAGUUGCACCAUGUAAGCUGAUGUACUGCAUCUCCUUCAAAUUACCCGAGGAUGUUGCAUUUGCUGCAUGA